CGCUGAUUGGCUGCCGCUGCUGUCGGGGGUUUCUGAUGCCACUCGCCCGGCUGGUUCCGUUUUUAGUUUCUACUCUCGAGCCCCGCGGUCCACUUCGCUCUGCCUGAGGACCAGUGGGCACAUGCACUUGUGAGCGCGCUGUACUUGUGAGCGGGCACAUGUACUUGUGAGCGGGCACAUGUACUUGUGAGCGGGCACAUGUACUUGUGAGCGGGCACAUGUACUUGUGAGCGGGCACAUGUACUUGUGAGCGGGAACUAAUCCGUGCUGUGUAAAAUACAAACGGAAUCAUCCCGCCCGUGGGAGAGCAGCCGCUGCCAAUGGAGCGCGUUCGGGAGAUGGUGGCGAUGAACCGCGAGGGUGAAAGCUACGCGGUGAUGGAGGAGGACGAGGAGGAGGAGGUGGUGGACGAGGAGGUGGGCUUGGGGAGCGGGCCAACAGCGGGAGACGGCGCGGGAGACCGGGUGCUGCACACGAUGGAAGAGACGACCACCGCUCCCUCGCAAGGCGCCGGCAGCCGCAGGGGACGCGCGGGCUUUCUGCAGGCGGCGGUGCUGCCGGCGCUGGUGGUGUGCCUGGCCCUGGCAGUGCUGGGCUGUGCUAUCACCCUCACCCGCAGGAACAAUGCCACUUUAAUAGGGAAGGAGCCGGCGCAGGUGUGCACGACGUGGGAAUGCGUGCGUGCGGCGAGCGACGUGCUGAGCUCCAUGGACCUCGCCGUGGACCCCUGCGAGGACUUCUACUCCUACGCCUGCGGGGAGUGGGGCCGUCACAACCCCCUGCCCAGCGGCACGUACCAGUGGGGCAGCACGGACGUGGUUCGCAGGAGAACACUGGGGCAGCUGCACAGGGCACUGGAUAACACUGACAUUCGGAACACCUCGGCCAAGUGGAAGGCCCAUGUUUUCUACCACUCCUGCAUGAACAAGGAAAGGAUCAAGGGAAGAGGCAAUAAGCCUCUGCUUGACAUCAUCGCUGAUAUUUAUAAAAACUUCCCGUUUUCAAACCAAACGGAAGCUGUGCUGAAGAAGCUGCACUCGGUAUACGGAGUCUCCCCGUUCUUCACUCUGAAGGUCAUGCCGGACCCCACCGACUCUCAACGCAGCGUGCUGUUUUUUUCCCAGCCUGAACUUGGACUUCCAUCGCAUGAACAUUUUCUCAACAAAACCCCAAUCGACAGCAAGGUGCUGCAGCUCUACCUCAGGUAUAUGAAUGACGUCGAGCAACUGCUGGGGAUGCCCGGGGAUGAAGACUCAGAGGGGGGCAUCGCCUCUCGGAGACGGCUGUCUGAGGCCCUGAGGAUUGAGUCCAGCCUGGCAGCCAUAUUCAACGAGCGGGGCGACCUCGACGACCCGGAGAAAGUGCACAAUGUGACUCUGCAAGAAAUGCAGAACUUGGUGAGCCACAUCGACUGGGUGACUUAUUUGCAAGCAAUCUUUGUUCCGUUCGCCUUCACUCUGCACGACAAGAUCAUCACACCUACCCUGGAGUACUUUAAGAAACUCGACAAAGUCCUUAACAGCAGCAGCGAAAGCGACAUGCGGGACUACAUCAUCUGGAGUCUGGUGCGAAAGCUCUCGCAGAAUCUGGAUGGCAGAUUUGAGGAUGCCAAGAGGGAUCUGAACGAGGCCCUCUACGGCACUGACAGGGGCGGGUUUGUACCGCGGUGGGAGUUCUGCGUGGAACAGACAAGCAGGGCUGUGGGCUUUGGCCUGGGCUUGCUGUACGUGGAAUACGUCGGCUUCAACAGCACCCACAAGAUUCAGGUGGAAAAAUUAAUCAAGAACCUGUCUGAAGUCUAUAAGGAUACCAUAGACCAACUCACCUGGAUGGACAACGUCACGAGCGGGUUUGCAAAAGAGAAGCUGGACUCGAUUGUCUUAAAUGUGGGUUACCCACUGUCUGAUGACCUGCACCCUGCAAUCACCGACUCAAGCUACAUGGAUCUGACCUUGACGGAUGAUUAUUUCCAAAACAUGCUGAACUACUACGAGUUUGAGAUGAAGAGCAUGAAGACGGCUUAUAAUCGGGGCCAGGACACACACAAGUGGACCAUGACCCCACAGACCGUGGAAGCUGACUACAACGUCUACUUCAACCAGAUCACUGUGCCGGCCGCAGUGGCACAGCCUCCCUUCUACAGCACUAAAAACCUUAAGUUUGUGAACUACGCAGCCAUUGGGACGAUGAUCGCUCACGAGCUGGUGCACGCAUUCGACACACGCGGCAGCCACUACAACUACAAGGGCACCUUGACGGAGUGGUGGACGCCCACCACGCGGAAAGAGUUUGAGGAGAAGGCCAGCUGCAUGGAGCGGCAGUACGGGGCCUACGAGGAGCAGGGGUGGCACGUGGACGGGCAUCGCACCCUUGGGGAGAACAUCGCCGACAAUGGAGGCCUGCACGUCGCCUUCCAGGCGUACGAGAACUAUGUGGGAAAGUACGGCGAGGAGGAGGUCCUGCCAGCCAUGAACUUCACCAACCGACAGCUUUUCUUCAUCAUCUACGCCCAGACGUGGUGCUCGGUGCAGACCCCUCAGGCGCUGGAGGAGAGCUUCGUGACGGACGACCACAGCCCCCCGCGACUGCGCAUCAAGGGGGCGCUCUCCAACUCCGCCGAGUUCGCCCGGCACUUCGGCUGCAAACUGGGCUCGGCCAUGAACCCCGAGAAAAAGUGCCAGAUCUGGUGACGCGGCCCGGCCGCCCGGCACUAUCGGACGCGACAAAAGCGCCGAUCAUGGAGCCAGGGAUCUGUGGGAAGCGUAGUGGGGUUGGCGCUGCGGUUGGGUGCGGGGGAGAGGGGUGCAAGAGUUUUUGCAACAACCAAAUGAAAGCAGCAAUGCAAUUGGUUGAAUUGCAUUUAGUGAGUAAAUACAUGGUGUAAUUAUGCAUUAAGGUUGUAAUUAUGCAUCAGUCAAAUGAAUUUGAUUCUGACGGGAUACAUGCAUCAUACUGUGUGUGCGUGAGAAUGUAUUCUUUGCGAUCCGUGUAAUUGGUUCACAUGACCCUUGCAGCCACCAGUAGCACUACAGUGCACCGCAAUGAAUAGAAUCGUGAUCGCUGGUCGUAACAAGUCGUCAGGGUGAUUUGUUUGUGGUCUAGUGUUCAUGCUCAGCGGCCAAAUGUAGAAUCAGCCUGUUAAGGAGGUAUCUUCAGUUUGGAUGCCUGCUGUUUUCUUAUCCUUAUGGAUGUUUGCUUUUGUAGGUCUUGGGGCUGGCUGCCUUGCUGAAAUGCACUCGAGGGGUCAUUUUGUCUCCUCCAAUCUUCUCUCAGUAUCCUUUGUUUUAAGGAUACUGACGAGAGUUGGCCAUUGUGUGCCUAUGCCAAGGCCAAAUCAUCCGUCCAUCAGGUCAUGUGCUUGAACCAAAAAAGGAGGGGUGACCUGUAGCUGUCUUGGCCUUCAUUCCACCACUUUUGGCAGAAUCGCGGCUGUUUUUUCAGAAUUCGUUUUAAACUACAAACUGAAACUCGUAAUUUAAUGCUAAACAGAGCCCAUUCUUAGCUCCUUCGGUAAAGUCACGUUGAAGGGAAACAAUAAAAUAAUAAAAUAUAUAUAAAACAAUAAAAAGCAGACCUUAAACACGGUAGGACCAACACCUCGGCUGUGGCAGACCAUUGU